AUGGCCACGGCGGUGCAGAAAACGUCGUCGACACACAGGACGGUGGUCUUCCGGGGCGCGCACAAGCUCAACAUCCUCGGAUACACCACGCGGCGGAGGCUUGGCAGCGCCGACAACACCGUCAGGUCCCGGAGCUUCGACGCCGGCGGCUUUCUCUGGACCCUCGUUUGCCGCUUCCAUGAAAAGCUGGCACGAGUAAAAGGUGUGACCCUGGUGUCCGUCUCCCUCGAGCUCUCCCGCAACGAGACCGACGAGGCCGUCGUCGCCACGGCCAGCGUCCGGAUCGACGACCCCAGCGGCACCGGCUGGUGGCCCGCCGCCGAGUGGCACAGCGAGGAGCCCAACGUCUUCCCGGCCCGGUCCAGCACCGCCGUCGCCUGGGAGCUCGCUGUCCCCGACGCGUUCCGUGAGCACGAAGAACGCUACGUCGACGAGGACGCCGACCGCCUCACCGUCCACUGCACCGUCGAUGUCCACCGGGAAGAGUCCGUCGAGGGGCCCACCAGCAGGAGUUGCCUCGUCUCCAUGCCGCCACGGCCGAGCCUCAGCAAGGACAUCCACAGGCUCCGGGAGAAGAUGUGGUGGCCGGACGUCACGUUCCUCGUGGAAGAGGCCAAGAUCCGGGCCCACAAACUCGUGCUCGCCAUGCGAUCGCCGGUCUUCGCGGCCGAGUUUCGUGGAGACAUGAAGGAGAAGACCAUGCGGUGCAUAAGGGUUGUCGACAUGACCGCCAUGACCUUUAGGGCUAUGUUAUACUUCAUCUACACCGACGAGUUGCCCAAACCCAAGAACAAGGCCUGCCCCGUAGCCAUGGCGCGAGACCUGCUCGUGGCCGCGGAUCUGUACGACCUUGAGAGGCUGAGGAUCAUGUGCGAGAACAUACUAUCCCAGAGCAUCGCAAUCGACAAUGUCAUGGAAACUUUGAUGCUAGUGCACAACAGGCAUAGAUGCCACCACCUAGAAGCCUCAUGCGUCGAGUACUUGGCGUCCGAUCCCGAUGUGUAUGAUGCCGUGGAGGCAAGCGAGGAGUACAAGAAACUUGACAUGACAUGUCCCUCUUAUAUAAACGAGAUCACCAGGAAAGUAGCCAAACGAGCUGUGGCCCGCAACAGAUCUCCAUCCUCCUCCGGUAACAACAGCAAUAGAGAGACGAUGAGCACGUCCCGCUACAACCCGUCGGCCGUGAUGAUCGGCACGCACGAGUUCAGGAUUGAAAGCUUGAGCGCCUUAAGGAAGACACACAAUGUUCUUGGACAGUACGUCAAGAGCAAGUUCCAACUUGGGGCUCACGAGUGGGCGAUGACGGUGUACCCAUCAGGGGAGCGGGAGGAGUACAAGGAGUGUAUUGGCCUCUUCGUCGGGCCAUCGAUUGAUGAUGAUACCAGUCUUAAAGCGUCGGUGACUAUCAAGCUCGUCGACCCAAGUGGCAAACCGUCUUAUUUGUGUAAGUUAACACACAUCUACGCCGGCAGGAAAUGUGAUAAGCAUGGCUGGCCAGGGAUAAUCACCGUGGCAUCUGCCAAUUCACAAUAUGUGGGACAUGACGGUUCUUUCACCAUACAGUGCCGAGUAGAGGUAACCACGGAGGCCUGCACUAGCAACACCGUCGUCGCAGCCCCGACGUCCUUUUCUGUGCCACCUUCAAACAUGGCGUGGCAUCUCGAGCAGCUGCUGGCGAGCAAGGAGGGCUGGGACCUCAAGUUCCUCGUGGAGGACAGCGACAUCCAUGCGCAUGGUCUCGUGAUCGCUACACGGUCGCCCGCGCUACACGAGUUGGUCGAAUCGGCAACCGGAACGGACCACGUCAGGGUCGACGAGAUGAAAGCCUCAAUUUUCAAAGUCUUGCUCCACUUCAUCUACACCGACGAGCUGCCUCGCAUCGAUGAUGUCCUAGUAGUCCCUUCUAAUGCAUGGCACUCUUCCAUGACGGUGGUCGAAGAGAUGCUCUCCGCCGCAUGCCGGUUCCGUCUAGAGAGGAUGAGGCGGUUGUGCGAGAACCUGCUAGCCGAGAACAUGGAGGCGGGGAACGCUCUCGCGACACUGGACCUGGCGGGGCGCCACGGCUGCACCGAGCUGGAAACCUACUGCAUCGACUACAUUGCCCAGCCACACGUGGUCAAGGACGUGAUGAAAACUCUCAGCUCCUUCUGCAGGGUCUCGAGGUGA